UUCAAGAUUGUGGACUUUGUUCCUUCAUUUCGCAUGCAUCAGUUAUAGCCAAACGCAAUGCAAGAUCCCAAACUUAUACCUUCACCACAUGCCAAAUCACUUACAGCCAAACACAACGAAGCAAAGACGCAAGAAUGCAAAUGCAACAAUCAAUACAACCCCCCAGAAAACAUCAAACAAGCAAAGCAAGGCUCCCAGAGCAAUCAAUCAAAACAUAACCCCAAGCAGCUGGGGAUACCAAACCCCACCCAACAGCACAGGCACCACCGCUCCCACCAGCAAAACCCACAGAACAAGGUGAACAGGCACCCGCGUCGGCGCCACCAGCGACAACCCCGCAAGACACGCAGCCACCAAGCUGUCCCCCAGAAACAGAACCCCCAGCCAGCCACCAACCCACAACCCCAUCGUCGGGCUCGCUCCCUGGACUGGACCCGUUGUUCCCUGGUCAGAGGGACCUAGGCCUUGUUGCAAGUGGUCGUCGCCAAGCCCCCAUCAACAAUAAUCCUCCGCCCCAGCCGCAUGGUAGACAUGCUCCACGCCACAGGCGGAAUGCCCCCCGGCGUAGAACGUGGUGCCUGCCGAGCGUUAGCAUACCCUAAC